GUUGAACACCGGUAGAAUUUUAUUUAUAUUUUUUUAUAAUUUGAGAGUCCAUGUAAAUAUCUUAAUUCAUAUUCCCAUUAUUAUUGGUUAUUUUGAAUAAAAACAAUUAUUAAUUGGAUAUUCCUUGAUUUUAAUGUUCAGUUACAUUGUUUGAAACGUGGUUCGAAAGUUUGGUUAUGUGUAACAAACUCAACUUUUUGGAACGGAUACAAACAUAUCAUAACUUAUCAUCAGGAAAUUUAACAGAACUAAUUAGACUGACUCUUUGAGAAUCAACCUAAGUCAAACUGCUGAGAUUGCAGGCUAGAAAUAGGAAAACAUAUAUGAGAAGCAAGUGUUUUGCGUUGCUAAAUAAUGAUUGAAAACCGUAAACCACCAUACAGCUGCAGAACUCUGAUCUGCUUUAAAAUGUCUGAAAAAGACUACACAAUCAAUAAACAUGAUCCGCUCUCGGCAAAAGAUUGGAGAGAAGUUUACAAUCUUGUUUCGAUUAUCGAGAAUAUGAGAGUCUACAAUCAAGAACUAGUUGAUAAAUACGUUAAAGAUAUCAACGAAAAAAUAUACUACUUGGCGAAUCGAAAAAGAAUCGAACUAAAUAAGAGCAUUCGAAAGCCUAUGAAAAUUAUUGUAAGCAUUGAUAAAUCGAGGAUCAAUUUCGAAGCUCUAAAAACUUUCAAUCCAGAGGAAGAAAAUGAAAUUCUAUUUUCUCAUAAUCCACCAAAAAAUUUGGAUUCUGAACCUUUAAAACAAAACGUUGAGAUGAGAAACCCAUCUUUUUACUUUAAUCACAAAGAUCAGAACUCUGUCGAUGUUUUAUUAUCUGUAACUGAGGAUAUUAUAAACAGUUUCAACACUUCGAAUUCAAAUUGUACAAUGGAAAGUUAUUCCUUAAACACGAGUAAAAGCACUGAUUCAGUUUUAAAUAAAAGUGACUCUGAUUGGGAUUAUGAAAAAAUGAUUCUUCAUAAUCCACUCAUUGAAAACUGUGAAAUGGCUUUUGUUUCUCAGAAACAAGAACCGAUUUUUUCCCAGAAUGAAUCUUGCAAGAAAAGAAUACAGGGAGAAUCCUUGGAAAAUCGUAAAGAAAAUAUUGAUUACAGGAUUUUGAAAUCCAACCCAUUUGCUUCAGAGACUGAAGAUGCAGAGACUGAAGAGACUGAGACUGACUGCUCUUUUGACAUCAAUGAUUCUUCAGAAACUUGUAGUUGUGAAAUGUCACUUGACGAGGAUUCAAGCGAAACAAUUAGAAAUCGAGUCAGAAGGUCGGCAAGAAUAUCUACAGUUUAUCCAUUUCCUGCUACUAAAUUAAGAAGAUCAAAAAGAAUUCAAUCGUCGAUCAUCGCCAAGGAAAGAGUCUCGGCAAAAUUUUUUCCGCUUCAAGAAAUCAAGAGGAGACGAUCUUUAUCAUCCAAAGAAACUCCCAGUAAUCUACUGGAAAGGAUUUGAAAGAAAUCAAAGGGGACGAAAAUAAGGAGUUUUCUUAAUCAAGAAAAUUGAGUAGAUACCAGAAAAAGCAUCAGCUUCCUCAAUAAUAUAAGAAGAUCAGAACAAAUAGAGUGGAGCAUUAAAGUCCUAUGAAGACAAUAAUUCGUAAGUAUUCUCCAGACAAAUGUAUUGAACGAAGGAGCGUUUUUGUCAGUAGCAUAACGAGCGCUCUGUUAUACAAAAACUUAUUAAUUACAAAUCGAGUACCUUUUUAUACACAGACUGAUUACAUAGAAUAAUUUACAAAAUCAUAGUCCAUAUUUAAAAGUUAUGGUAUGUAUAAAUUAUAUAGAUAGUUAUCUUACAAUCUUAGAAGGAUGCCAUCGUAUACAAAAUGUUGGCUAUAUUUAAAACUUCGAGGUUCCGAAAACCUAAGAACUGUUAACGUUUCAGAAGCUUUAUUUCCUAAUAUUAAUAUUCUUAAAAUAAGAAAGACAGUGUUGAUUCUGAACUCCCGGAGAGUUUUUUUGUUAAACGUAAAGAUACUGUUUGUUUAUUUCUAUUCAUGGAAUACAAAUGGUAUCAGAAAAUACUUUGCGGAUUUGUUCUGAUAAAUGGAAUAAUAUCAGGGAUUCGAAUGGAAUUAAGGGGCAUUUUUGGAUAUUUGCCAAUUAUUUCGAGCAAUAAAAAUAAUUUGGCUAAAAGCUGAGCUCAGUCUGAAAAAGUAUGAAAAGAAGACAUAAUCUGAAAAUUAUGUGAUAAUUAUAUUUUACAUCGAAAAGAAAGUUUCGUUCAUUUUUGUUUCUUUCGACAUAAAACUUUGAAAAACCCAAAUUUUUAUAUUGUUCCUCCGUAGCUGCAUUAUUUUUCGAAAAUGUUCCAUACUUCGCAUAAUUUUUAGGUAAAUUAUAUUGGAUAUACAGAAAUAAUUGGCAUAUAUCAGAAAAUGCCCCUUAAUUUAAUCAUUUUAUUGUAUAGAUUUAACUGCUUUCAAUCGCUAUAAAUUUAAAAACUGCCCUAAUCGAAUAAAGCUUUUACAAGCAACUUUGGCAGAGUCACCUUUGGCAAUUCUAAACUUAAAGUUAAACUGGCAUUUAAAUGCUAAAUAAGAAGUCUUCUCUUCUUUCUACGCAUUUGACUUAUUUCACUAAUUUAUUAAGCUUACUUAAAAAUUAUAUCGUUUGUAAAGAAAACGAUUAGUACAUACUAUUUUUCUACAAUAAUUUACAAGUGUUCACGUAUUUUUUAACCAAAGCGAAGAGACAUUUUACCACAACGACUUUUGUAAAGAUUUUGUAGAAAAAGUUACAUAAAAAGAGAUCAUUU